CCUCCAUCCUCCGUCCUCCAGCUUCCUGCCUCCUCAGCAGCUUCCUCCUGCAGGAUCCGGACGGCGGCCGCAUCAUGGAGCAGCAUCCCGGCAGCAGCACCGCAGGACCGGCUGUGUCCCGCCCGGAUCUACGGCUGCAGAGAUCAUGCCAACAUUCAGCCGCUGACAGGCAGGAAACGGGGUUUAAUACGUGGAUUAUGGGAUGUAAAAUGUCCUCCAGUUCUUCAUACAUGCAGAGAAACGGCUCCAAACACAGAGAAGAUGUGAAGGAUCCAUUCUUCUUCCCGUUUCUGUGUUUUCCAGACGUUUGAAGAGGAUUUGAAUCGAGGCCGGAAACUCAGGUGUGUCGGACUGCAGGUUGAACCAUGACUGAGCCGGAGGCUUCAGCUUCAGGGGAACAUCCUCCACCCUACAUGAUCUUCCUGGUGGUCUUCCUCUUCUUCCUCACCGGACUGCUGGGCUUCCUGAUCUGCCACCUGCUGAAGAAGAAGGGAUACCGCUGCCGGACCGGAGACAUGGACGAAGACGAGGAGGAGGAGAAGAAGCUGGGAGGAGACGCAGACGAUGAAGAUGAGGAGAACCAGGACACCGUGGAGCAGAUCCUCAAAUGCAUCAUUGAAAAUGAAGCCAACAUGGAAGCCUUCAAUGAGCUGCUGGGAAACAACAAAGUGUGCAUUCGUCACGACCCCCGGUUGCGUAAGGAGUCCAUCGGUGGCGUUCCUCCCCAUCACCACACCGUCCACUCCGGCACCGACCACAACUCCUGCCACCUCUGUGCUCAGGUUCGAUCCAAAAAGGGCCGCAGGCAGAGCAGAACCGCUCGGUCCAAACAGCGACCCGGAGAGCAGACCGUCUUCUCUGUUGGAAGGUUCCGGGUGACCCACACCGAUAAGAAGCCCUACGGAGGCAUCAACCCGUUGGCCAUCUCAGGAGACCAGCUGGACCAAUCACAGGACAGUGACGAGAGGAGGGAGGGCGGAUACAACCUGAGGAGCAUGUUUAAAGAAGUCCGGCCACCUCCAGAAGGAGCCAAUGGGGUCGCUGCAAACGCAGGGAAACGAAGGAAGAGCGUGACCAUAUUUGGGCUGAGGCGGGGCAGCGACCCGGUAGCCGUCAGAGGAGGGGAGGGGCCCAGUAAGGAGGCCCCAGGAGUUAGAUUUGCUCUUCAGCAGCAGCCGGUGGUGCUGGAAGAACCGGUGCAGGUGGAGAACCUUAAAACGAAUCAGGAGCCAAACACAAAACCUGCUUCUGAAGGUGAACUGAAAGCUUCUGUGAAUUCUCCCUCAUCUAGAAGUCAGAACCUCUCCCAGAACCCUGGUCCUGAGAAGGCUGCUAAAGUGGGUUCCAGUCCUGAAGCUCCAGCAGCUUCUGCUCCCGGUUCUCUUCCUAUAGCAUCUGUGAAAAGAUCUGAGGAUGAUCCUGGACCCCUGCAGACCUCCACACCCAUCACCCCCAUGCCUGGAUCAGCUCCAGGCUUCAUCCCUGUGGUACCCACCAACCAGCCUGAACCCAGUUCUCCUGCAGGGUUCUCAGUCACCCAAACUCCUCCUGACCCGAGCUCCAGUCCAGAUCUACAGAAGGGGCUUGGUGCUUCCUUAGCAUUAAUAAGCUUAGGUUCAUCCCCUCCAUCUUCCUUUCCAAUCCAGACCCCAUCUUUAGCCUCUCUGUUGAGAACUCCUACCUCACCGCUUCCAGUGACUCCAAGUCCAACCCUGAGUCUGAGGAAUAAACCAUCAGAACCUGCAGAAACUGUCUCCUCUCCAGCACUUACACCAAGUCCAAAGCUCCUGAUCAGCAGAUCGCCUCCUUCAUCAUCAUCCUUUGGACAAAGUUCUAGUCCUCUGCAGGCCAGUUCUCCAACACUGGCUCUGACUGACCCCAGACCAGUGUCAGUACUAACCUCUCCUUCUACUCCAGCUGACCAGAACUUCCCAAAUUUACCUCGACUCACUGGGAAGUCGGAAAGUGUGACCUCUGUAACGUCUGUGACCAAAGGGGACGUGGUUUCAGGUUCAUCAAAGGAUCUAGACUUUGAAGGAACCAAAAUCACAAAGACCGAAGAAAAGAUGGAAAUGAAACGAGCUGGAAUUCUCAAAACAUCUAAGCUUUCACCAGCUGCAUCAGAAGAAUCUAAAGGUUCCUCAUCUGAUCAGCUUUUUAAAGACAGAGUUGACAGUUUGCCUUUGUCCCCCUCCUCACCACAAGGGGGCAGAAUGAGUAGUGUGACCAUAGUUAAAGCCAGCCCUGACAGCAGGAGAGAGUUCUCUGUGGUCCCCACCGUGGAGGAAGAAGAACCCUCAGUGAAAGAACAGACAGGACUAACUUCUGAACAGAGAGGAGAAGUUUCUGGACAACCAGAAAGCAGAGAACGUUCUGGAGCAGAAGUUAAAGCAGCGCUGGGUCAAGAGAAGGACGACAUGAUGGAGAUGGAAGACAUUAGAGACUGCAAGGUGAUGCAGGUGGAAGAAGAUGUGGAGAAGAUGGAGCUGCAACAGGACUGAACAUUGAAAUAUUCUGAUUCAAGAUGAGAUGAUCCAAAGAAAGAAGAGCGACGCCUCAGAGGAGGAUAAAAACAGCACUAGCAAAAUAAAACAACACGACCAGGCCUUUAAUCAUCGAUGGACCGACUGAUUUAUAGCCUCUGGGAUAUUUUAAACAUCACAGAUCAGCGUUUAGUUUUUGGAUUUUCAGCCCUGCAGCGUCGGUCGGUCCAUGUUGGUGCAGACAAACAUCAGCUCAUGGUUCUUAAAGAUGAACCCUUCAGACCAUGAGGUCAUUACCUGUUUUAACUUUUAGGGGACUCACAUCCAUGAAUCCAGGUAAUAUCUGGUGAUAUUUCCUUUCCCACCACCUGGUACAGCUGCUCACUGAUCCAACCAGAUAUCUGCUAACAUCUGAAGGAAUUCUGGUAACUUUGGUGAACUGUUGCAGCUCCGUAGCGAGUCGUUCUUUUCACUGAUACCUUGAAAUGUCUCUGCUGGAUGGAUGGUACAGAGUCCACACUGACAUGUUCUCCAGAUGAUGAACCAUAGUGAUGUUUCCAUCAGAGCCCCCAUCAGCAUCCUGUUUGAUAAUGGCUUGUUGUGUAAUUACUGGUUCAUUUUAUGAUAACAAAGCUAUUGAAUUAAUGAGCUGCGAACAUGAUCCAACCAUCCCAUAGUGUAGAAGUUCCAGCCAAACCCACGCGGAACAUCAUCUGGGAACCAUGAUUCCUUCUUUGACCCUGUGUGGACCAAAGUGUUGAUGACUGAUAAACCAACAGCUGUGGAGAAAAGUGAAAUAUUAAGUAGUUUUAAAUGAAACAUUAAUAUCUGAGGAUAUUUUUCAUACCACACAGAAACUAAUAGAAACCAGUGGCUGAUCCAUUUAAAGAUGGUCUUCAUGAUUUGUAGGUUAGAACCUAGUAGUGGCUCCAGGACUAAUUGAUCAGUUUGGUUAACAACCAACACACAGAUGAUCAGUAGAAGCUUCUUUCUUCCCAUUUAAGGUGAAGGAACAUUAAAAAAUAUCUGCAGCUGAAGGGUUAAAGGAAUAUUAAGAGUAUUAGAUCCAGUUAUGGAUGGGGGUUGGUAGGGUUAGCUUUGGGGUUAGUGUUAAGGUUUGUAGGGUUAGUAGGGUUAGGGUUGGCGUUGGGGACACAGACGGGAUCAGAACUUAGUCCAGAGGUCCCACUUAUUUCCUGAUCUUUCUGGGAAACCAACCAGGACGUCUGCAGCCUUCGUCUUCCAUUUUCUGGUCACGUAUGACAUCUGCUGUCUGAACAUCAUCCAACUCCACGUCUCUUCAUUUUUGUGACUUUUAAACCCUUACUGACCCUAUAAAUGAAAGUCUGAAUGAAUGAAUGAAUGAAUGAACGAACACGUUCGCCUCCACAUAUUUAUUCUUUUCAUGUUAACCUGCUGAUAAGUUCAACAUAGUAAUCUUGUAAAUGACACUGAUAAAAAGAAGCUCUUGGUCAUUUUUUUUCACCAUUAAUGUGUUUUAUGAGUAAUUUUAGAACCACAACUAUAUAAUUAAAUAUAAAUACAUUAUUCAACACAGAUCUAUAUGAAGCUCUGAGUCUUUAACUGCUGUUUGAAGUUAAAAGCACGUUUCUGUCGAGGUUUUAUCUCCAAAUGUUCUAACAGCUCAGGUCUGUUCUGUGAAGAUAAAGGAGCACAUUAAGUAGUGAGGCUGUAAAUCUAAAAGACAAAGAAACUUUAGAAGCAUUUCUGCCUCAGAAUUCUAAAAAUCGUAGAGUCGGAAUGCAGAAGAAAAUGUUUGACACAAGCAAACUUACAUUGGAAAAAAAUAUCUGUUAUUUUUUACAGAAAAGCAAAACCUUCUUAAAUACGAAUAACAUAUUAAAUACAAAUGCUGUUAGUGAGAUUCAAGAGCUUCUUCUGGCAAAGGUUCAGACAGUAAAUACAGAAAAUAUAGCCAUAAUUAAUGAGUGGAGAGAUUGUGAAGUGAAGUUUUAUCAGAAAACAACAGAAAUUUAAAAGUCGCUGUAGCAAGAACUAAGAAUACAAUCAUCAGCUGAACUCUGAAGGCUUUUUUACACCAUAAAUGAAGCUCUUGUAUUAUAACAUUUAUUAAAUGAACCAGUUUAAUUUCAGGUCAGAUGAACUCAAUGUGACCAACCCCGGAGUUCAUCUUCUUUUAUUUGAUCAGCAGAUGAUCUUCUGUCUGGUCAGAUGUUUCAUACCAUCAUCUUCUGUUUUGUGUUUCUUGUCAAGAAAAAAGCUUCACAGAAAAUAUUGAUUUAAAAAAAUAUAAUUAAAGGUCUUAUCAGGCAAGAAUUUUAGCUAAACUCAGAGCUUGUUGCCUUGAAAUGUCUGGUUUGUGUCGGUGUGCAGCAGCAUGUGGUCAUCAUUCACCAAGAGUUUAAAGGAUGAAUUCAUUCAUUCUUCUGUUGAAUCUUCAUAAAAACGGACUCUGGGUGUCUGUGAGCCUCGAUAAAAAACAUGUUGGUUAGUUUUCUGUUAGUUCAUCAAACUGCUGCAGUAAAUAAAGAGAAGUCUGACUUUAAAUCAGCUGCUAAUAAUCAGCGCUAAUCGUCUGAUUGGUUGAAACCUGCAGGUCGCUGAGGCUGGAACAUCUGUACAGAUGAUGUAAAUAUGCAAAUGUACCAUAAACCUGUUCUUAUCAAAUAAAAACAUUUAGUUUGCUUCA